UUCGCUCUCUCUCCUUCGUCCUCCUUUUGACUGUAGAUAAAUUCUGCUUGUUUCAUUCAGUCAGUGACAAGAGCGCGAACGAUGUCAAGCGCGGAAGGGGACGCGGAAAACACUCACAACAUCGAUGAUGCCACCGAUCAAUUAGACCCAUCCCCCAACCGCUCAAUCACGAGCAGUGAAGCCUACAUGGAGACAGGGAUCUCUAUUGAUCAUCAUUUCAGGCGAAGAUUCAUUCUCCUAAGGACAUUAGGCAUCUACCUAGGGCGAAAAAAUGACGAUGGAACAUAUACUUUCACAAUUGGAGGACUGAUUACAGCAUACAUCACCUGGUUUGUGAUACACAUGGCAGUUUUCGUUGGUGCUGAAGUUUGGCAUUCGUUCCGGGUAACAAAUGACCAAAAAUUAACUGACGUUUUGGCAUCUCCUAUAUUUAUUGCAGUAUGUGCUAUCUUACCCUUACUCAGCUCUCAUUCUUUGAAUGCCAUUACGUAUGCACUUAGGGAAAACAUGAACAGCAUUCCCACGUACCGCAACUUCAGCAAACAGGAAAAAACGCAAGCCCCAAACAGCCUAAAAAAUAAUAAGAUUUGGGCCAAGUUUAAAGGCGCUGCUUUUCUCACCGGUGGGACCAUAUCUUCCAUUUUGGUUUUAGUGCCAUGGAUAACAAGCCUCGUGAACUCCGCUGUGGAAAUUAAAGAAAAGCUUUUGGAAGAAAUCCCUGUCUAUUUGGUCGAUGUUAUAUAUCAAAUUCUUCCUCUCCUUACAACCGUAUUCAUGAUCUCUUUCUUGGAUUAUUAUACAGAACUUUACAGGGACUUAAAAAUCAGACUAUUGAACUUGUGUGCUGAAUGGACUCCCGUCGCUUUGGAGGAUCUGAGAUCCCAAAUAGAAAAGGUCCAGAGAACUUUCCACGACCUGUACGAAGGCUUUUUGCAAUAUGCUCUGACAGUGAACGCCCUGACGACCACCUUUUUUGGCACGAUAACCAUCUACCGUUUAACCCUCGGUUCAUACGAGAUCAUAUAUCUAGUCCCAGCUCUCCUCGGCGCUGUACAUAUCCUUUUCAUCGCUAAAUAUUCCAGGGAUCUUAUGUCUGAAGCAAAAAAACUGACAAUUCGAACCCGUGAAGAGGCACUAGAAUUCCGACGAACUCGUGAAGAAAAGUAUAGUGCCCUACGGUCAGUCGAAGCCCUUCUGAAUGAGUAUCCCCCCGUGGUGAGGGCAUAUGGCAAUGUUCCUUUUGGCUAUGGCAUCGUGCCCAUUAUUGUGGUAUUCUUAUUGGUGUAUACAGGUCUUCUGGAUUUUGUGGAUGACUUUUAUCAGGUUCUUGAGCGUAAUAUGAACAAAACGAUAGGCUGAAUUAAGACCCGCACAAGUGUGACUUUUGUGGAUUACAAUGUUUUCUGUGAACCUUUGAGUCUGUUGAGUGUUGGCCUGCUUUUACAAGUCUGUUAUUACUAAUCAUCGUUUAGGUUAAAUAAUCUAAGUACUUGUAUGUCAUAAUACACGACUGUUAAUUGCAUCUUGUAAUCCUCUCCUAUUUCAUUAAUACUACAUAGUUUCAUGUCAAAUUUAAAGACCUCAGACCAACUUUGUUAUUAUGUCAAAUAAAAAGCCAAGAAAA